AGGCCAAUGCUCAAACUACUGAACUAUCCCUCUCCCCCACUAUGUUUUAGUAAGAAUUGCCUAUGGUUUUGUCUUUUAGAUGUACAAUUUUUUCUCUUCAAAUCUGAUCUAAAAUUAGAAGUUGUGAUGGGUUUGUCAGCUUCAUCUCCAUCUGUUGCCGUUCAGUCAGCAAAUAUAUUUGUACACCCUCAGACAGCAUCUCCACCUUCAGAAUGUCCCAUGCAUCAGGAAAAAAUGGAAGGUUGUCCAAUGCACAUGAAAUCUCCUGACCAAGGUGCUGAGAACCAAAAUAAUAAUGUUCCUGCACAUCAAGAACGAGCAUAUGAAUAUCUGGAGUGUCCUAUGAAAUCUAGUACAUCUCAAAUGAAAGAUGACAUAGAUCCAAGAAAUAUGAUGCCACCGCCUAAUCAAAUGCCAUCCCUGAAUCAACCAUUUCCACUAUCAACUAUCCGAGAAGAGUCUUCCAUUCCUAGAGCGCAUUCAGAACAAAAAUGGGUUUAUCCGUCAGAGCAAAUGUUUUGGAAUGCUAUGCUAAGGAAAGGAUGGCGGUGGAAAGAUGAUGACAUAAACCCCAAAGAUAUGAAUAAUAUUAUCAAGAUUCACAAUCAGAACAAUGAGCAGGCUUGGCAAGAGAUUUUAAAGUGGGAAGCUCUUCAUGCUGCGGAAUGCCCAUGUGGACCAUCGUUGAUCCGGUUUGGAGGUAAAGCUAAGGAGUAUUCACCCAGAGCCAGAAUACGCUCAUGGAUGGGAUAUGAACUUCCUUUUGACAGACAUGAUUGGAUUAUUGAUCGUUGUGGGAAGGAAGUCAGAUAUAUUAUUGAUUAUUAUGAUGGUGGUGAAGUAGAUAAGAAUUAUCAGUUCACCAUCUUGGAUGUCCGUCCUGCAUUUGAUUCUCUCUCUGCUGUGUGGGACAGAAUGAAAGUAGCUUGGUGGCGUUGGACUUCAUAACUACACUGAAUCUGUGUUUUCUCAAAUUGAAGAUGAGCUGCCAUUUGAACUUUAAAUAAAGAUCAUAGUAACUGUGCUUAUCUUCAUUAACCAACAUUGUCCUUAUCUCUGGGGGAAAACACUAUGCAGUUUUGUAUGAACAGAUAUUUCAUACCAUCUUUAAUUUAAAAGUAAGGUACAUGCUUUUCUCUUUCUAGGUUUAUUUCAGUGUUCAAGUUCCCUCAUAGCUGGAAAAUCUUGUGUGUACUUCACAGUCAAUUAAGACUAAACUACAUAAAAUUAGUGACUCACAAAGUGCCAGGCACAAUGGGGCCUGACCCUGAUUGAGCCUUUAGGCACUACUACAAUAUAGAUAACAAAAAGUGGGAGUUUUGUAAAUGUUUUUACUUGGUCAUUAAAAGUGGUACAUGGAUACCAUGAUGGUGGGUGUGGUGUAAAAGUCUAGAUAGAUAAUUUAUUGUUGCAAACUAAUUUAUAUACAGUUAUAUACCAGGUAUUUUACUCAUCCAUAUCUAAAGCUGCUGAGAUUAUUUCAGUCGGACUAACUGUUUAAA